CGUUCUCACUUCGCGCCGGUGGCGCCAGGGUCCGAAGAUGGCGGCGCGCAAGGGUAGGCGGCGCACGUGUGGCAGCGGGGAACCCAUGGAGGCCGAGUCCAGCGACGCAAGGACCGAAGGCCCGGCCCAGGUCUACCUUCCCGGGCGGGGACCGCCGCUGCGCGAAGGAGAGGAGCUGGUCAUGGACGAGGAGGCUUACGUGCUGUACCACCGAGCGCAGACUGGUGCCCCCUGUCUUAGCUUCGACAUAGUCCGCGAUCACCUGGGCGACAACCGGACAGAGCUUCCUCUUACACUUUACCUGUGUGCUGGGACCCAGGCGGAGAGCGCCCAGAGCAACAGACUGAUGAUACUUCGGAUGCAUAACCUGCAUGGGACAAAGCCCCCGCCAUCGGAGGGCAGCGAUGAGGAGGAGGAGGAGGAGGAGGAGGAAGAUGAAGAGGAUGAAGAAGAGCGGAAGCCUCAGCUGGAACUGGCUAUGGUGCCCCACUAUGGCGGCAUCAACCGAGUCCGGGUGUCCUGGCUGGGCGAGGAGCCCGUGGCCGCUGUGUGGUCAGAGAAGGGCCAGGUGGAGGUGUUCGCCCUGCGGCGGCUUCUGCAGGCAGUGGAUGACCCGCAGGCCCUGGCGACCUUCCUCCGGGACGAGCAGGCCCGGGUGAAGCCCACCUUUGCCUUCUCGGGCCACAUGGGCGAGGGCUUUGCACUGGACUGGUCGCCCCGUGUGUCUGGGCGCCUGCUAACUGGUGACUGUCAGAAGAACAUCCAUCUCUGGACACCUAGGGAUGGCGGCUCGUGGCAUGUGGACCAGCGGCCAUUCGUGGGCCACACGCGCUCUGUGGAAGACCUGCAGUGGUCCCCGACUGAGGACACGGUGUUCGCCUCCUGCUCGGCCGACGCCUCCAUCCGCAUCUGGGACAUCCGGGCCGCCCCCAGCAAGGCCUGCAUGCUCACCACCGCCUCCGCCCACGACGGGGACGUCAACGUCAUCAGCUGGAGCCGCCGGGAGCCCUUCCUGCUUAGCGGUGGCGACGACGGGGCCCUCAAGGUCUGGGACCUGCGCCAGUUCCAGUCUGGCUCCCCACUGGCCACCUUCAAGCAGCACGUGGCCCCCGUGACCUCUGUCGAGUGGCACCCCCAGGACAGCGGCGUGUUCGCGGCCUCGGGUGCAGACAACCAGAUCACGCAGUGGGACCUGGCCGUGGAGCGGGACCCCGAGGCGGGCGACGCGGAGAGCGACCCCACGCUGGCGGACCUCCCCCAGCAGCUCCUGUUCGUGCACCAGGGCGAGACCGACCUGAAGGAGCUGCACUGGCACCCACAGUGCCCCGGGGUCCUGGUCAGCACCGCGCUGUCCGGCUUCACCGUCUUCCGCACCAUCAGUGUGUGACGCCGCCAUGCCUCUCUUGGGGACUCACGUUCCAGCAGCUUCCCCUGGAGGGGCCUUGCGCUUUCGGAUCUGUGCUCCGGCCCCGCCCGAUAGAAGGACCUAGUCCAGCCCAUGCGCCGCCGUGACGGGUUCUGUUGGCUGUGCUGUUCUUGCAAAGGACCCGGUUUGGUCCCGGGACCCCUCUCACCAAAGGCUGGGGUUGGACCCGUGCCUCAGAAAAACUACAUGGCUUGCUCCAGGAACCCUGGGAGCCAAAGGCUUGGUUUUGACUUGGUGCCCCCUCUCACCAGAACACUUGGUUUCACCCUGUGCCCCCUGCCUGUCCGAGGACUCUGGCCUGUUUCCCAGGGGAGCCUGGCGUGGCCUUGCGGGCCAUGGACGCUUUGUGAGCUGGGGACCUGGCCAAGGCCACCAGUCUCCCCCUGGGGGACCUCGAGCACUUUACCGGGGGGAGUGGGGGGGUAGGUUCCUCUAGCGGAAUCCAGGGUGGCUCUGUGUCUUCCCUCCAUUGAAGUUGGGCCAGGACUUCCCCGGGGGGGGGGGGGGGGGGGGGGGGGGGGGGGGGGGGGGGGGGGGGGGCGGGUAAUGUGUGGGUCUGCCCUCCCUCCUGUGUCCAAGGCGCGCACUAUGCCAGGAACGAAGGGCAGGGGCUCCUGACGCAAUGAAAGACCUGAACGAGG